AUGGAUCAUCUUGUUAAGGAAUGGCUGCGAAUAGACAGGAACGAAGCUACUAGAAGCGAGAUCCAGGAGUUAUGGGAGGCGGGCAACGAGGAAGAAUUGGAGAAAAGGAUGAGCUUACCAUUUAUUACUUACAAAGGUCUACGAGGAAGAAUGGAGGCCGGGUGGUCCCGUAUGAAUGACCUUAUUAUCAUUCAAGCCUCGCAAGGACUGUGCCAAUACGUCCUUUCUCAUGUCAAAGACGCCGUUUCUCGGGGUGUUGUUAUAGGGCAUGACCACCGUCACAAUUCAGAACAUUGGGCCCAGUUGACGGCAGCUACUUUCCUAACCAGCAAUGUUAAAGUUUACCUUCACCGAGGCUUGGUUCACACCCCGAUGGUGCCCUUCAGUGUUAAGAAGUUGAACGCUGCUUGUGGUGUCAUGAUCACUGCCAGCCAUAAUCCAAAGCAAGAUAAUGGAUACAAGGUAUACUGGGAGAAUGCAGUACAGAUUAUCGCUCCUCACGAUGCCGGAAUAUCCGAAUCCAUCAAGGCCAACCUCGAACCUAAGACGUGGGAUGUUGCGAACAUCACUUCUUCUAACCUCUGCCUUGACAGAACGGCCCAGAUGAAAGAUGCUUAUUUUGAAAGUCUGGCUCCUCAGAGAAUGUCACUUUCUGCAGGCUCUGCGGGCACCGCAUUUUGCGUGCGUUUUGUGAACACUUCGAUGCAUGGGGUCAGUGAACCAUUUGUGUCGAGCGCAUUUAAAUUAUUUGGCCUUGUUCCGCCGACCCAUGUGCCAGAGCAACAAGUUCCGGAUCCCGAUUUUCCUACCGUGACAUUCCCGAAUCCUGAAGAGAAAGGAGCAUUGGAUCUGGCGAUGAAAACGGCCGCCAAGAACAAUAUCAACUAUGUUUUAGCUCAAGAUCCCGAUUCUGACCGCUUUGCUGCAGCUGAGCGACAACCAACGGGAGAAUGGAUUGCCUUUACGGGAGAUCAACUGGGGGUGCUUUUCGCUGCUUGCAUACUGGAAAGGUACCGCCGUAGCGGAAAACCCCUUGACAAGCUAGCGAUGGUCGCGUCAACUGUAAGCUCUAAGAUGGUCGAAGCCAUGGCCAAUGUCGAAGGGUUUAAAUUUGUGGAAUGCCUCACUGGUUUCAAAUACAUCGGCAAUGUGGCGUUGAAUCUGGAACGGCAAGGCUAUGAAGUGCCUUUCGGUUAUGAGGAGGCUAUCGGAUACAUGUUUGGCCCCGACAUCAGGGACAAGGAUGGAGUUGCAGCAACACUGGUGUUUGCUCAGCUGGUAGAGUCCCUUGUCGCUCGCCAAAAAACGGUCAACCAGUAUCUGAAUAAUCUGUACAAGAAAUACGGGCAUUUUGUGACUAGUAAUAGCUAUUUUAUUUGCAGCGAUAGCCCCACAAUCGACUCUAUAUUUGCACGCCUGCGUAAUUUUACCGAAAGCAUUUCCGAGUCGUUCAACUAUCCUACGGAAAUAGCAGGCAUGUCUGUAACAAGGGUAGUCGAUUUGACCACUGGAUACGAUAGCGCAAAUCCUCCGAAGUUUAAGCCGUCGCUUCCGAUCUCUUCUGGACACAUGGUACAGUUCAGGGCAGAGGACAAAGAGAAAGGUGUCAAGAUCGCGUUGACCAUUCGGACGAGUGGAACCGAACCCAAGAUCAAGUACUAUUUGGAAGGAAAUGGGUAUGAUCGUGAAAUAUUGGUAUCCACCUUGAGACAGGUAGUCGAUGAGUUGGGCGACAAGUGGUUGGAAGCCAAGAACCACAACCUAGGCCGCCCUUGAAAGUUUCGAACAAGUCGGUUGUUCACACUUAAUCUGUGAAUCAUGCAAUAAAGUGUCGUGAAGAAAAUGAUGCCCAGAUUAUAGAUUGCAAGAACAGUGCGACGAUUAUGCAGAACAUGAUAACAAACGGAGUAGAUGAGAAUACGGCAACACAAGGGUAUGAAGGUAAAGCCAGCUUAGUGGUUAGUAUGAUUUUAUCUAAGAAAGCGUAGUAAUAAUCUCCACAUCGU